GCGAUUUACAACUCUUUUGAUGUUUGGAACAAUAUACUGAAUAUAGUAGGUACCCAUGUGGUGACAAAGUCUUAUAAAAUAAUCGGUUAUGCCUAUUUAAAUUGCGUUCACUCUCAGUUACGCACAUCUCCAUCUCUAAAUCAUAUCAUCAUAGAGAACAAAAAUGGCAAAAUUUUCUGUUCUUUUCGUGGCAACAAUGUGCCUUGCUAGUCUCUUAGUAGCAUCUGCAGAUUGGAAUAUUUUGAAUCAAAAAACCAAAUCCGGCCUCAAAAUCUCUCUAAGAAACUACUGCGAGAGUUGGAGAAUAAAUGUUGAGUUAAACAACAUUCGUGAAUUUUCAGUAGUUCCAUCUGAGUGUACAGAUUACAUUGGAAAGUACAUGAGUGGGACUCAGUUCAAGGCCGACUCUGAGGCUACGAUAGAAGAAUGCACACUCUACCUCAACACCCAUUGUGAUAUAAAGAAAGAUGGCAAGGACGCUUGGAUAUUUGACAUUGAUGACACUCUUUUGUCAACUGUGCCUUUCUACAAGAAACAUGGAAACGGGGGGGAGAAGUUGAAUGCAACGGAUCUUGAAGGGUGGAUGGCUCAAGGCAAGGCUACGGCGAUUGAUUAUAGUUUGAACUUUUUUAAUGAUAUUAAGAGAAGAGGAAUGCAAAUCAUUUUGAUUUCUUCAAGGAAAGAGUAUCUUAGAGAUGCUACUAUUGACAACCUUGUUGAUGCUGGUUUCCAUGGUUGGAAGAGUCUUUACCUAAGGGGUCCAGAAGACGAAUGUAAGAAGGUUGAGGAAUUCAAGGGCGAUGUAAGGAAAGAGUUGGUGAAAAAUGGUUAUCGUAUAUGGGGGAUAUUGGGAGACCAGUGGAGUAGUAUCAAAGGAGUAGAAACCGGUAGAAGGCCCUUCAAGCUCCCCAAUUCUCUUUACUAUGUUUCUUGAAAUCAAAUCAAAUGCCUCCUGCAACAUGCAAUUUUUAGUUUCAUUUUUCUCACAUCUUACCAUUGUCAAAAGUGAAAUAGUGUCGUCUUCAUUCCAAAUUGGGUCUUGUUUGUAUGGCCAUGUAAACUAAGCUAAAUGCAUUUUUUUUUUGUGUGUGUGGAUCUCCAUUUAUUUUUUUAACCAACCCCUUUGUGAUAUUUGGAGUGAAAAUGUCUUUAUUAGACGUGAUAAAAUGUAAGGCCGGAUAACGACUUAAAUCGGGUACCAGUUCUAUUGACUGGAACCACUUUUAUCUAGUGUUAUACCAUAUCUAUUGAAUUAUUAAAAUAACGUGUAC